AUGACUGCAAUUAUUGAUGUAGCUAAAAGAUGUUCGGAUAAAAGUGGUCUCAUAAAUAUUAUCCAAUCUUGUUACAAAGCAUGUGAGAACCUUUUUCCUGAAGCUUAUGUUGUGGAUGGAAAGAAGUCCAUUGUUUAUGACAUUACUGGUGCUGGUUUACACAAGGAAUUAGCUUCUGGAAGUAAAUUCUUACUAAUGCACGAAGCAGAUGCUAACUUGAACAAGCUGGGCUUCUAUCAGGCUGGACAAGCAGGAGCGGUUUCUCAUCGUUCAUUGUUAUGCGAAGCCUUUGAUGGUUUUUCAGAAUCUUCGAAAACUACAGGCAUGUACGAAUUUUCAAUCGAAAAUGCUCGUUUAUCAUUCUUGGGUGCAUGUACUGGCGGCUCUUUCCACUUACUUUUAGCUCGAUACUCGUUAUAUAAAAUAUCUGAUGGUUGUGACAAUCGUUUUUUGUACCAUUUUGUGGAAAACAAUUUAAUAGCCUACGAUUUGAUUAAGAAACCAGAUCAAUUCUUACCAUCUAUGCAACAAAUAUUUGUUGUCAUUCAUUUAAUGGGAAAAAUAUCAUACUCCUUUGUGAAUUCGCUGGGGAACGAUGAGCCACAGAGAUUCUACGCUACAAAAGGGAAAUAUUAUAUCGGUGAAGGACAACGAUUAUUUAGAGAUCGCCAUAUGAUGCCUUAUAGCGAUUGCCGGGAAAUUGUUGGGAAAUUGAGAUGGACCUUCUAUUAUGGAUGUCCGUAA